AUGGUUUACUGCGGUAGCAGCAGGUACAGAUGGAAUCCCUCCCGCCUGCCCCCACCUCGACAACGUCCAAGUUCCUAGGCGUUGUGAAGGGAAGAGCUCUUUUGACUGCCUCUCCUCCCACCUCUUUCUUCCAAGCGCCACCUUUCCUCCCUCUCGCCCCAUCUUCGAUAUUUCUCCUCCUCCUCCCCGUUCCCCAACCCCUCAGGUGCUAAGAGAAGAGCUUGCAUGGCUGCCGCUCCUCCCACCCCUCUCCUCCAAACGCCACCCUGACGUUGACCCCUCCUCCCUCUCUCCCAUUCCUGCCCUUACCUUCGUCUCCCUCCUCCCUCCCCCUCCUUUCCUCCUGCAUCAGGUCCUAAGAGAAGAGCUCGCCUGGCUGCCGCUCCUUCCCCCUCUUUCCUCCAAACGCCACCCUGACGUUGACCCCUCCUCCCUCUCGCCGCGCUCGGCACAGCGGCAGCGGCACCGGCAGCGGAGGAGGCGGCGCAGAGCAGUGCUGGUGGGUAAGGAGGUGUGCGGCAUGUGGGCGAGGGAUUGGGAGCGGCACUCCAGCUGGCUGCUGCAGCAGCCUGAGUCGCGAGCUGCUGCUUUCAUGGCACAGGGCUGGGGGGGGCUGUGUCUGGAGCCGUCAACCAAGCAGCUUCUGAGGCAGAUUAAAUGUUGUUUCUCUCUAUCUGUCUCCGCCCCUCCCCACCCCUCCGCACCCCUCUCCACCCCUCCAGUUUGGGUGCCAGGCGUGCUAGUCCCCUCUUCUGACUCCGAUUCCUCCAACGAGGCCGAGAGGCGUUUAGAGGGGUCGAGAGCGGUGGAGAUGGGCGAGAUGGAGGAGGUGGAGAGGGAGGCGAGGGAGAGGGAGGAGGCGAGGAGGCGGCUGGAGAAGGAACUGAGGGGGCUGAAGGUCAUGGAGAGGGAACUCAAGGCUCUGAACCAGGAUUUUCUGUCUGUGGACGAGAUAGUGGAGAGGCUGAUGAGGCUGGUGGGUCAGUCGCGCAUCUCUUCUUCCUCCCUCAUCUCUUCUUCCUCUCCCUCUCUUGAUCCUCUCCCUUUUCUUCCCUGCUAUCCUCUCAGGAUUUUCUGUUCCAUGGAAGGGAGAGCGGCAGGGGCGGGCGGGGCCAAAGGGAAGGCAGCAGGGGCGGGGACGAGUGAAAGAUUGGCAUUGGUGCGCGUGGAGUGGGAGAGGCUGGUGCGGGUAAGGGAGGAGAUCAGAGCGCUGGAGAGACGGCUGAAGAUGAAAGCAGCUGUGCAGGAGGAGAGGGUGCGGCGACAACAGGAGGAGGUGGGGGAGAAGAGAGCAUGGGCAGGUGCAGCAGAGGCAGAUGUAGCGGCUGGGUAUGGGGAUGGGGAUGGGAGGCAUGCGGCAGCGAGCAUGGGAGGGCUGGGAGCAGAGGCGAGUAGGCUGCAGCAGCUGAAGGUGCAGUUAAGGGAGCUCGAGGCGAGACUGCUGCAGCGAGGUGCUGACGUUGGUGCUGUUGCUGGUGCUGGUAGGGAGGGAAAGAUGGCUGCUGCUGCUGCUGGUGCUGCUUCUGGUGUUGCUGCUGCUGGCACGUCAGCAGCAGCAUCUACAUCUCUUGAGCGGGAGGCGGCCACCCAAACGUCCCCUCCCAAGGCACCCUCCAUCUUCGACCAACUCUUUGACUCCUCCUCUUGGAACCUCCCCUCCUCUGCCUCCUCCUCCGCUGCUGCUGCUGCUGCUGCUGCUGCUGGGGGUGGUUCUGCUGCUGCUGCUGUUGGUGGUGUUUCUCCUGCUGGUGCUGCUGCUGGUGGUGGUGCUGCGGCUGCUGCCGCUCCUGGUGACUCGUGGAGUGUGGGAGGGGGGAGGGGAGGGCCGGAUGGCAGCAGCAGCGGGGGCCUGGAUGAGUGGGAGGGGAGCGAUGUGACGAGCCGGGCGGGCGAGGGAGAGAGGCAGGAGAAGAGCGUCAUUGAUCAGUCCCUGGAGCACAUUCGAGAAGGCGGAGCGGAUGCAUGGCGAGGGACUCAGCUCCUCAGCACAGACGUGGCAGUUGCAAUGAAGAUGCUGCAGCGGGCAGCACUCGGGCAGCCCCUGACUGACCGGGAAGCGAAAGUUUUGAAGCGCACACUCACAGACAUGGCGUCAGUUAUUCCCAUCGGCAUCCUCAUGCUCAUCCCGAUGACACCUGUGGGGCACGCGGCAGUGCUGGCAGCCAUUCAGAGAUACGCCCCGCACCUUUUCCCCAGCUCAUACAACGAGGAUCGCCUCGAUGCAGCGCGCCGCCUGGAGCAG